CACAGAGAGAAGGCAAGUCAUACGACCAACAGAAAGACAGACAGACAGUGGAGAGCUACCGUGGUGAGAAGAGCGUGUGUGUGGUGUACCAGCCAUACCAGCCAGCCAGCCACACUCUUCCCCCCGUCUCGCUUCUGUCUGCUCUGCCUGCCCCUGCGCCGCCUUAGAAAACACACAGACCCCUCUUCUCACAACACCCACGUACACGCACAAACACACGUGUACAUUCACCCAUGUAUCACCGCUGCCCCUUUCUAUCUAUCCGUCUACCUGCCUCUCUGUCUGUCUGUCUGUCUGUCUGUCUGUCCCCCCCCGGUGGAUGGGCCGGGCGGGUGGUCUGAAGUUAGUGUGUGCUUCACAUGAACAUGGUGCGGCCUCUGCGCUUCAGAGCGUAGAGCACGUCCACGGCCGUCACGGUCUUGCGGUUGCCGUACUCGGUGUACACCACCUGAGCAGAAGGAAGGAAACACAGAGGAGGGUGGGUGCGUGAAGAGGUGAAGUGGAGUGCAGUGCAGUGCAGUGCAAAUGGAUGGAUGGAUGCACGGAUAACUGACAUCAUGGCUUGGCUUACGGCGUCGCCGAUGACUUUCUGGAGGAAGUCUUUGAGUAUGUUGCGCACCUCCUCGUACACCAGCCCGUUAAUGCGCUUCACCCCGCCGCGACGUGCCAGGCCUGACCAUGGAUAUAUGGCCACACAACGCAUGAAACGACGCACAGAGCACACUGUGGUGUAUUCUGGUUGUUUAUUGGUGGCGGAGUGUUGCAUACGGCGGAUGGCCGGCUUGGUGAUGCCCGAGAUGCAGUUGCGCGGCACCACAUGGCGCUUGGUCACCUCUGCGGGGGGGGCAAACACACAGGCCACAUCAUCGACAUGCAUCAGCCAGUGCAAAUACGGUUUCUUGUGGCAUUCGUGCUCUCUUCUUGGUGCUUACUGCCGCCCUUCCCCACGCCCUUGCCCUUGCCGCCCAUACGCGGGAGCGGCGUGCCGGGCUGUUCGAUCUUCACUCUCAUCCUCCUGUCCUUCAAGCGUCAACUUAAGAGGUCAGCCUGAGCACAGCAAUGACUCCUCGACAGUAAGGGAUGCUGCAGCCGCUCAGCGCUUCGGUUACUCCUCAUUCUUGCGCUUGCGACUUUGAGGGCGCCUCACUUUUUGA